AUGAACGGGGGCACCACACUUGCCCUGACUGACCGCUCUAACCGCAGGUACCACGCCGUAUCUCUUCGCUACUGUUGCAUAGUACUACUGUACUUACUUGUCCCCUACACCCUCCGUGAAAAGAGACGGGACCCUCUUUUUCUCAGACUUCGACUCUUGGUCACCUCGCUUCCAUGGCAAACCGCACAAUUCCCACCCCCCGCGGAUGUUGCACAGUCUGGGUGCAUACCGCUCACGCGGCUUCCGGCACCCUCAUUCGUCCACUCGACCUACUCGUUCGGCUCAAUGAAGAUCAAAAAGCACGAAUAG